AACAUAACUAAAACACGGGCUGUCAAACUGCGACUGUGUUUAUUUUCUCACCGAAAGAGACUGUUUAGUUAUAAACAAACCAUUUUUCCGUGUUUUUCGAUAUGACGAGCCUUUUAUGUGAUGUUUCUAGCAUGUGUAGAUUUUGUUUAAGUGAUGACGAUAUCUUAUUUCCCGUAUCAAGUAUUCUAAAUCCAGUACUUACUAUCGAAAACAUUGAACGAUUCACUGGUAUACGGAUUCUUAAAGAAACAGACUCAUAUUACAUGAUUUGUAUGGAUUGCCAUAAUAAACUGCAAAAGUUUGCUGGAUAUCGUAGCAUCUGCAUCAGCAAUGAUGUGCGUUUUAAAGCUCUAUUUCCGAUGCUAUUUGAGAGCGGCAUCAGUGAGGAUUGUUUUGCUGAUGAAUCGAACGAAAAAUGUGUAUAUAGAAACAUAGAUGUGCAGUACAGCGGGACUAUUGAUCAUAGCUAUUGCAUUGAUGCACACGAUAAGCCAACGAUAGAAGUCUGCGAAGAGUUAGAAAAUAUCUACGUGGAGUAUGAAGAACUUCUGGAGCCGUCUGAUAAUACAGAGUCCAAUGAUGGAAUAGUGGAAGAAAUUGUAGAAGACACCUUUUUGCGGGAAAAUCCAACUGACACCUUUAUUGUAACGCAAGACAGCCAUAUGGAAGCUUUACAUCAACAAGAAACAAAUGAAUCCAUCGUGGAAGAGUUUGAAGAGAACGACUCUCCUGCUGGAGACGAGUUUCAACACGUGGAAAUUGCUAUGCAAAAGCAAUCGGUUGAAGAAGAUAGUGAAGCAGAAGCGACAAAAUUGAAAGCUGUAAGAAAGUCAACUGCGAAAAAACCUGCCCGAACCCAUCUGUGCUAUAUCUGCGGAAAAUUUGUAUUCCACAUACCAGAUCAUUUGUUAACGCAUACGAAGAAUCCCCAAUUUUCAUGCGACCGCUGUCCGUUUACGUCGACGCGCAAAUCGAAUCUAAAACUGCACGUGGAAAUUGUGCACUUGAAAAAGGUCAUCAGAAGGUGUGAGAAAUGUGACAGAGGAUUCAGUUACGUGGAUUCGUACAGAGCACACAUGCGCGCAAAACAUAACUACGGGGAGCAUUUCGUAUGCAAAAUAUGUUCCAUGACAUUCCGCCAUCGUAGUGGGUUGAACGGUCACAUCAAUCGCAAGCACAAUGAAAAGAGUAACUGCACGUGCCCACAGUGUGGCUUUGUGUGCCAAGACAAGAAUGGACUGAAGGAUCAUAGCAGAGUGCAUUCCAACGAGAAGCCGUUCGUUUGCAAAUUCUGUCCGAAAGCUUUUAAAAGCCCGUACGCUCGCAGGUCACAUGAACUGAUCCACCAGGGUGUUAUUUUCUCCUGCACGCUGUGCGAGAAGACUUAUCGAUACAAAUCGCAGCUAGUAGAUCACAUGAAAAAGGUGCAUGGCCAUCAUAAUAAGAAAAUAACCAACAACGGAAAACAACAACAAACAAAUGUUCACAACCUACUCCGCAGCAUGGAACACAUUUGGAGUGAUAUAAGUGGUAUUUGUAGGCUUUGCCUAUGCGAAGGUGAUGAAAUUCUGAUUCCUGCAAGCAAAAUACUCGAUUGUCCGUCAGCGAUAGAAGAUGUAGAGCGAUGUACCGGAGUUCGGAUAGUCCAAGAGAAAAAUGUAUCCUACAGCAUAUGUGAAGAUUGCAGUAGCAAGCUGAGGAACUUUACAGCUUUUCGCACCUUUUGUAUGUACAACGAUAAGGCGUUUAGAAAAUGGUACCCAAUGCUAUUCGCUAAUGAACCCAGCGAUACUGAACGAGAACAGAAGGAAGCUUUCCUGCAACUAGGCCGGCACUCAUUAGACAAGAGUCGAAACGAAAUUACUGACCACAUCGGGUAUAUCGCAUCGAAUGAGGAACCAUCGCUCGAAAAUAACGUAGAGAAAAUCGAAUAUCUGGAGAUUGACGAUAAUGUAUCGAUCUUUAGCGAGAACGAUAGUGCUGGUUCAGUAAAGGAAGGUGGUUUGGAGAUCGAUGAAGAUGCUAACAAAGAACUCCGAGUAGAUUUUUUGCCAGAAGUUGAAGACGAUACUGUACAAGAAAAUGAAGAGCUGGCAUCCAAAGACGAAUCGAUAACACAGGACCUUUCAUACAAUCUUAAAAAGAGUAUACAAUCUCAGUACGGUGUCGGUACAUCGAAGUCGCCUCAACCUGGGAGCGAACAAUCUAGUCACAGGAUGGCGCAAAAGCAAUUAUGCCCGAUAUGUGGGAAAAUGGUGCACGACUUAUCAGAUCAUAAGCUAUCACACUCGAACGAGCGAAAGUAUGCCUGUCCGCACUGUUCAAUGGCUUAUGGGCGUAAAACAUAUUUGAAAUUUCACGUGCGAUCGGUGCACCAGAAAAAAGUAGUGAAAACUUGUGAAAUUUGCAAUCGGGAUUUCGCUUACAAAACUGGCUAUGAUGCGCACAUGCGAGCUCGACACAACAUUGGGAAGUGGUACGAAUGUAAGCCAUGCGAUAUGAAAUUCCGCCAUCCAGGGGGCUUAAGAGCCCACAAAAAUCGCAAACACAACGACGAGAGUAAUUGCGAGUGUCCGGUUUGCGGAAUGGGAUUUCUAGACAAAGUGGCGUUGAAAAACCAUAGCAGGGUACACUCGUCGGAGAAAAUGUUUGCAUGCAAAUAUUGUCCUAAACGCUUCAGAAGUCCUAACGCCCACAGAGGACACGAACUAAUUCAUCUCGGUAUAACUUUCCCAUGCCCGCACUGUCACAAAUUUUAUCGUUACAAACAAAAUCUCAAAAUUCACUUGGCAAAGCAUAAUGCAUGAUCCUCGCUCGAAGCGUAUACCUACCACAACACUACUAGUGCGGGUGUUGGAUGAAUUGAACUUUUAUAUUGCACCUGAUUUGACGAUUGUUGAACAUAACUCGCCUUAUCGUAUAAUUGUUUAAAAAGACACCGGAAGGAGCGUUGAAUUGCUCCAGGCUCCAAGAAACGAGAUUUAAGUUUUCAAUUUGUAAAAUCUUACAAAGCAUACACAAUAAAUCAUGUUCCAAUGCUCAA